CCGUGCCACGGGCGUCCUGCGAGCGACUAAGUCGUGGUGAAGAGAGCGAGCAGCCACAGCUGCGUAUUCUGGAGCCGAGGGUGGCUACCUUGCUGAAGGGAGGGGGAGGUUUGCUAGCUCACCCAAUCACUCACUUACCAGGCCGAUGGCGGCAGGCACUUCCUCCUGUUGCCGAGGCGGUCUGCAGCCGCUCAGGGCCACAGUCCCCUUCCAGCUGCAGCACCGUCGAGUCGGAGAUGGGGGCCGGGCAGCUAGCGUCCCAUGUGCUGCUGCUGCCACCAGCCCUGCUGAGAAGGCCUGCCGGAACAGGCCGCCCAGGGUGAGGCGCACAUCUUCCCUAGACACCGUCCUUGGAUCAUACCUCUUGGGUCAGUGGCCUCGGGAUGCUGAAGGAGCUGCUAUAGCACAUAUGAGCGACAAAUCUACCCAGACUCCUGUGUCCUGGCACGAAACAGAGGUGGGGAAAGCUGCAGCCCAUAAGCGCUCAGCCUCGUGGAGUAGCAUGGAUCAUCGCAGAGAGAUUGCUAAACUGAAGCAGCAGCUCCAGCGGACGAAGCUGGGGGCCAAGAACAGCAGAGAGAAAGAUCGGGGCUCCUCAGUUCAAGGGGAUCAUAGUGUGCUCUCGCCAGCCAAGGUUUCCCCACCUGCAUCCUUUCCAGCUUCAACGGCUGUGUCGAUCAGCCCCUGUUUGCACAACAACGUCGAUGGUCUGAAUCAGGAACUGGAAGAGGUGUUUGUCAAGGAGCAAGGAGAUGAGGAGCUCCUCAGGAUUCUCGAUGUUCCGGAUGGCCACAGAGCCCCAGCUCCUCUCCAGAGAAGCACUGGGGACUCCUUGCUGUUGCGGCUGGAUCACAGCAGUAGCAGCUGCAGCAGUCUUUCUCUGUCUCCGUCCCCUUCAGCUGCACUUGGACGAUCCCCACACACGCCUGCUCAAGCAGCAGCAGAAGAACUUCCCCCUGGUGUGUUGGAAAAGCCAGCACUGGAGGCCAAGGGAAAAGAAAACGGCAACACUUCUCCAGUUCUUGCCUUUGCCUUGUCUCCUCGUCCCAAUCACACCUAUGUGUUCAAGCGAGAACCACCGGAAGGUUGUGAAAAAAUCCGUGCUUUUGAGGAAGUGGCGCCACCAAGCCCUGAUCAGACUUUCCUGCCGUCCUGUCCUGAUAAGAACAAAGUCCACUUCAACCCCACUGGCUCUGCCUUUUGCCAAUUCAGCCUGGUGAAACCUUUUAUUCCCAAUGUAGACUUCCUGUUCAGAGACUUCGCUUCCUCUCCCAGCCCAAUGCCACCAGGCACGUUCUCAUGCCAGCCCACUUCCACAGUCCCAAUCCUCACUUUGCGGAAAGACUCAAGAGGAGACGACUUUGGUGAGAAUGCUACAUCGCCUCCGCUGAGCUUGGAGUCCUGGAAGCGGCACCAGACUGAAGACACCGUCCUCUUCCACAGUUCUCUGGUUGUCUGAAGCUCAGUGAGUGGGGCAGACACAAAAUAGAUCUGUGGUCCCUCCAUGGCCUGCGGAGAAGAGUGCCUUGGAACUAAGAGAACUGAGCACUUUGAGGACGCAUGUGCUCCAGCAACAGCCUUAGAAAUGCAGAUUGUCACUGGACUCUGCAGCCACAGUAGUUUUUCCUUUGACUCUUGGUACUUAAAGCACUUCCUUUCCCUAUGAGUUCACAUCACUAUCCUUUUGCUAUUGCAAUGUCCAAAGAACACCUAGUCCUGUCUGAUGGAAGACACACACUAUUACCUACCAGGUUUUCCUCUUGUUCACGUGCUGGGUGAGGAAAGAGCUCAUGUAUGGUUUAAUUAUCCUAAGGAUGUGUCUUGGGAUUUCUACAGAAUAGGGAGGAUGAAAGGGUUUACAUGUAUCCAGAGGAGAUGGUGUACACUGGUCUAGCAGAUGACUGCUGGGCAAGAGCUGAGCUGGGCAAUCUGUUUCCAGGGAAUGCAAAAUCUAUAAUCUAGGGCUUAUUUUAUAUCCUGCCCUGCACUCUGUGGGGCUAGCAUUACUGGAACACAGUCAGCAAAAUGCUUAAAGGAAGCAUUUUCUUCUAAUCAUGCCACAACAGGUAAAAGUUGAAUUGGCAGAUACUCAAUGUGUGCCUUUUUUGAGGUAGAGGUCUUCAAAUAGAUUCCCUUUUCUUAUGGAGUAAGAACAAGGGAGCGUGCUUCUCUCCACCCCACCCCACCCCGCAUCAUUUCCAGGAGACCUUUUUGCAAGAGUUUUGGCAAAAGAGACUGAAGCUCAAGCCAAAACAAUGUCUAAAGUUCCCUGGUGGAAUGCAACUCUUAGCAUAUAUCAAUUCAACCAUCUUCCUUUUUUAUAGUAAUUUGGCCAGUCUAACUAGGUCUGACACUACUCCUAUUCUGGUCAGUGAGUCUGGGGAAAUCAGCUCAGCAUUAACCCCACUUUUUAACACACAGAAGAGCACUCCGAAGACCCCAUGGUUCACUUAUACUUACAUCUUAGGCCACCUGCAUCCCCACACCACAGCACAACUGUGAAAGGCCUUAAACCUGGUGAUGCCUUGAUUGCAAAUUGUAUUAGAAAUGAAAGUGACUUCUUGUCUUGUUGCUAACUAAGCCUCUGGAUUGCAUUGGAAGGGUUUUUCUUGAACCUGCGAUAGAAACUAUAUUUUCUAUUGAAGACAGUAUUUUUGCAGCUACUUUUGAAGUUUUGUAAAUUUUAAUGUAUGUAUCACAAAAGCUUAAUGAACGAAUGUUAGCCUUGGAGGCUCACUGCCUUGUCUUGAGAGGCUUUUGCAGAUCUUGGUGUUUAAACCAAUUAAAAAAAUAAAAUAAAAA